AUGUCCGUGGUCACUAGGUCUAAAGCGAAGAGCGGCUCUUCGGGUGCAGACAGUAAUGAGGACGAAAGUGGCGAAGAGUUAACUUCGGGAACAGCCGACGAGGCAGUGGGCAUUGGCCCAUCAGAUAGGACCCUCGAAAUACUGAAACUCCAACUGGAGAUUGAAAGGGUAAAGCUGGCGCAGGUUCAGAGCAGGAGUGAAAGGGGUUCGAGGGACUCGACAAAAAUGGGGGAGCUCGCGAAAGAACUCCGCGCCGUCCUCGCGCCGAUGCCGGAGUCUGGAGCCCUCGCUCCGGCAUGGUUUAAGAGCGCUGAGACGAUGAUGAAUAGCUGUGAGACACCCGAGGAAGCGCGAGGAGCGAUCAUUUUGCCGUUUCUCGGAGAAAAGACCAGAGCAAUGGUCGCUAGUCGAGCCGGCGGUAGAGUGCUCUCUUUCAUGGAGCUGCGUGAGCUGGUCCUUUCGGAGCUAAAAAUGACUCCGGAAGAGUACAAGCGGAUAUUCUACAAAACACGCAAGGAGAGCGCGGAGUCGUGGUCUCAGUUUGCAACCCAGCUCGACAUUAUGUUCGGCUAUUACUUAGAAAGCAGGGAGGUUGAGACAGUUGAUGAACUGCGGAAAUUGAUAAUUUCAGACCGAAUGAAGCAUCUCAUGGCGGAGGACGCGCGCAUGUAUGUCCUGCAAAAUGAGACUAAGGACUGGCUAAGGCCAAAGGAGCUCGCGCAGCUGGCUGAAAGGUUCGGGGAAAGUAAACGAGGGACUCGUGGAGGCCUCGAGAAACGUGAGAGCACUGGGAAACAGUUUGUUCCAAAACAAGACCAGAGGUCCAAUAAGGGGACAGCUGCAGGAAGAGGAACAUGGGAUCGAUCGAGCGCUGUCAGGUGCCAUACAUGUGGGAAGCAAGGACACUAUCGCAACGAGUGCCCGCAGAGCAGGCCCGUCGGAGAUAAAGGGCAUGCCGAGGCCGGGCGGUCGGGCGCGCCGAAGCUUGCGGCGAGAGCGGCGGUGGGGCCGGUGGGUCGACCGACAGAAGCACCUGUUGCAGUUGAAGCUGACGAGGAGACAACGGGGCUGACGUGGUUGACUCUUCAAACCGGAAACGUGUCGUUCCAGGCUUUGUUAGAUUCGGGCGCGGACAUAACGGUACUGAGGUCAAGUAUUGUGAUUGAUCAGGUACGCGGCCAGGGGAAAGGCAAGGUCAGUCUGAGGGGGGCGUUCGGACACAAGGUGUCCGCCGACCUAAUGUACGUGCCGUUGGGCCUAGAACUAGCUGGUAAAGAUAUGAGUCCGCAGGUGACAAUCUUGUGUGCUGUAACUGAUGAACUAGCUGAAGGGGUUGAUGCGCUACUCACGCCGGACGCGCUAGAGGAGCUAGAACGGGCGCAGAAGCUGCUCAGUGAGGAGGCAAAAGAGAUUAUCGCGAUCGAGGAAGCACGGACAAAAUCAGAACAGUCGAGAAAGCAAAUCACUCCGCUAAAUUUUGAAAGUGAAGCAGACGCGGAAGAAGCCACUGAGGCCAGCGCCGUAAAUUUGGUGACCGGCAGUGUCACCCCAGAAGCAGCUGAUCCGACUUUUGCCGAGGAGCAAAAGAUAGAUAGUACGCUGGAAUCCUUGUGGGAACAGGCGCGUUGCGGAACGCAUGGCAUGGUAAUCCGGAAUGGACUUUUGUUUCAUGAACAGGAGGUUGAAGGGAAAAAAGAGAUGCAACUGGUGCUGCCGAAGUCUCGUCAUGCCGAGGUAUUACGGCUGGCACACGACACCCCGUGUGGGGGGCAUUUCUCGCAAAAGAAAACUAAACAGCGGAUUAGAAGUGCUUUCUUUUGGCCAACGAUGGCCGCUGACGUGAAACGGCAUUGCCAGGCUUGUCACGAGUGUCAGGUAUGCUCCCGAGGGAAAGUUACAGACCGGGUCCCGAUAACUCCGUUGACGAGGCCCGAGCGACCCUUUGAGACGGUCUACAUGGACUGUAUCGGUCCGCUCGAGCCGAGCUCGGCCCGUGGCCACAAAUAUGCAUUAACUGUAGUGGAUCUGUGUACGCGAUGGCCCGAGGUCAUACCCCUGCGCUCACUUACGGCAAAAGCCACGUGUCAGGCGCUGGUGGACGUGUUUUCGCGUUAUGGGGUGCCUGAGCUGAUUUGCUGCGAUCAGGGAACCAAUUUCACCUCCCAACUCACGAAAGAGCUCCUUGACCGCCUCGGUGUGCAGAUCAGGUUCUCAGCACCAGACCACCCCCAGAGUAACGGAAUUGUUGAGCGCUGGAACGGCACAUUUAAAGCUAUGCUUCGACACGUGGUGAGCGAGAAAGGAGGGCAGUGGGAUCUUUAUGUGCCUUGCCUUCUCUGGGCGUAUCGGGAGGUCCCCAACGAAAUUACGGGGAGCUCCCCGUUCGAACUGAUGUAUGGCAGGGAGCCACAGGGCCCGUUAACGAUACUGAGAAAGACAUGGACGGGAGAGUGGACGCCGCCAUUGGGCUUAAACAAACCGACAGCUGAGUAUCUCAGAAGUUUAAGGGACAGAAUGGCAGAAGCGGCGCGAGUGGUGAACGAGCACUCCGAAGCUCUGCAAAGUGCCUAUGCGCAGAAGUAUAACUUGAGAGCGCGUCCGAAGAGCUUUGAAGUAGGGGAACAAGUGCUUGUGCUCGAGACGGGUAUGGCGAACAAGUUGCAACCUAAGUGGUUGGGACCUGCCGUGGUCACAGAGCAAAAACGCUCGGACAGUUACAUUGUCCGCUUUGCUGAGGGGAACGAGCGCUGGGUGCAUGCGAACAAGUUGAGGAGAUACAUAGUGCACGCGAACAAUGUCGGCGUGAUCUUCGAGUCGGAUGACGACUUUGGACCCGUGGAAAGCGUGCCAAGCGGACAUACACAUGACGUUAGUGUCGAGGAAAUCCUCGCGGGCUCUGAGAACCUGACCCAGAGUCAGACAAUGGGCCUAAAACAGCUGUUGAUGGGGUUCCCGUCGGUGUUUUCUGAGCGACCUGGACGAUGUGAGGGUUUGCUAGUUGUGUCAGAGCCCAAGAACUUGAAAGAUGCUAUCCUGAAGUUCAGGUAUUUCAAUGAGAACCACUCGCAUGUCUCUGCAAUAGCGGCAAAUGAAAGUGGAGGAACUGAAGUUUUCGGUGAAGCCCCCGAUAAAGUGAGAUCCCAAGUUAUCUCCGAGGAUACAUACGACUGUCCCCUUGACGUGCACACCAUCAAAAAGAAUUCCGUUCAAUUCGAGAUCGAGCAGGUCACGUAA